AUGCCUGUGUAUGACCGUCGUGAUAUACCACUGCAGCAAGCCCAGAUAGCUCUUGAGCGUCGCAUGAGCAAGUUUUUUCUGGAAGACCACAACUCAUACCCUGGCCAUCCCGAAGUUGCACAGGACGCAAGUUCGCAGAUGAUCAAACAGUUGCAUACCAACCCUAUCACUGAAGAACAUCUCACUCAUGAGGUGAGAUCAAUCUAUGACGGGCUGGUCAAAGUGGAGAAAAAAUGCAUCGAGGUGAUCAACUGUUUUUCGCAGUUGAGCCCGGAAACAGAAUUGUCUCGGGAUCAGUGGAGUACAGUGAUCUCGGUGCACCGAAUGCUUCUCCAUGAACAUCACGAUUUUUUCCUUGCCUCGCAGCAUCCUUCUGCCAGUUCAGCCGUGAAGCAUCUCGCGGAAAAAUAUGCUAUGCCUGCGCGCAUGUGGCGCUAUGGAAUUCAUUCUCCAUUGGAAUUUUUGCGCAAAAGAUUGCCUAUCGCGCUAGAUCACAUGGUAGCAUUUAUAUACCUCUCGUAUUCGAUGAUGACCCUUCUUCUGGAAAGUGUCCCAUAUUUCAGGGGGACCUGGAUCGAGUGCUUAGGGGAUCUAGCUAGGUACCGGAUGGCAGUGGAGACCACAGAUGUGACAGAUCGUGAUAUCUGGGCACGGGUCUCGAAGUAUUGGUAUAACCAAGAUACCGACAAAUGUCCUGAGACCGGUCGAAUACAGCAUCACCUUGCAGUGCUCUCUCGCCCGGAUGCUCUGCAGCAGCUCUUCUACUACACGAAAGCGUUGAUCAGUGUGCGCCCAUUUGCAAACGCGCGAGUAAGCAUGGCUCAGUUGUUCAACCCUAUCUUGAGUGCACCGACUACCGAAUUAUUCACUCCGGUCAUUUCCUUUGUGGCUGCUCAUGGUGCUCUUUUCAUGCGCAUGCCAAAUGAGAAUUUUGUUGCCCGGUCCAAGCUUUUCCUUUCUAAUCUACGCCAGGAGGUGAGCCAGCUAGGCCGAGAGGGACAGCAAGGCGUCUAUAUCACAUCCUGUAAUAUCGCUGCGAUUUUUCAGUAUGGAGAUAAUGAUGGAGCCUUGGCUACGGAGUUCACGUUUGACGAAAAAACCAGAGAGAAUGCCUAUGUCAUUUCACGACAGUGGGCGUCUACGAGAGCGCCAAUCAACCCAAAUAACCACCAUUAUACCGAUAUUGCAUCUCAAUAUGCAUUCAGCGCAAGCUCACUCACGUUUCACACUUUGAUCAUCAUUCUAGGUCAAGUCGGUGACUCUGGCCUACAACCAUCCGUACAUGCCUCAAUGGCAUUUGUGUGGUGCCUCACACUCAACCCAGCAGCUAUUCAACGACUGGAGCCGCUGGUUCCAUGGACGACCCUCGCAAAUUACUUAAACACUUUACUGCUGCCCGACACCAACAUUGAAAAAAUCGAAAGUAAAUCUUUCCCCCGAAUUGAAGGAUUUUCUUCGCAACAGCUACCGGAGGACUUUUUGAUUAGAGGGCAGACAUGGAGUCGGAUUUAUUACCCAGCACAAUUCUUUGACGAGACGGAUAUAGAGGACGACAGACCAUUGAUUGGGGAGCAAUCGAUAAUGCUCCCCAGAAGACACAGAUGUUUGUGGUUAGGAGUGCGGAUCGCAAGUUUCUCUCGUUGGAUGACAUAUGACCAUACUCGCCGGUUCACACCUACCAGACUCGCGUACGAAUAUUCGCCUAUUGCUCAGUCUACCGAUCACCUCAGUGGCAACAUUUACUUGGCUUCUGGUCCCUUCGACCAAGAUAUGGAGGGGGCUUGA